CUCUUGCCUCUUGUAACAAUUCUCAACAGCAAUGGGCAAGGCGCAGGUCAAGAAGAGGACAGCUAAGCGGCACAAUCCGAUCCGCGUUCCCGACGCACACCUCGGUGGCGGUCGCGCAGACGGGAAGGCCAACCCCGACAAGGAGAAGCAGCUCCUUCCCGUUCUCGAGAAGCUCAAGGCGCCUGAGGCGGCCGACCGGACAUGGGCGUGCGCUGCCAUCGGGAACCUCAUCAACGAGGACGCGGCGAUGCGCCGCCUGUUCCAGAGCCGCAACGUCGUCGGCGCGCUCAUUGAGCGCCUCAGCGACAGUGUGGACGACGUCGUGGUCGAAGCGUCCGGCACGCUCCGAAACCUCGCGAUUGACGGUGGACACGAGAUUUGCGGCGAGAUGUUCAACAAGGGAAUCAUGCCCCAUCUCAUCGCCCUCAUGGGCAAGAUCUCUAACACGCUCGACAACGUUCUGGCCGGGCCGGCGAAGGAGCUGCCUGAGGACGAGAUUGAGCGCCGCGGCCACCUUCUCGCCCUUACCGAGAACGUGAUCAUGCUUGUGUGGAGCUUGGCAGAUGCGAGCUGGAAGACGCUCGAGGCAGUCAACGCAGCUCGAUGCGAGGGUCUCCUUGUGAAGGCGCUGCAGGGCAAGGACCAGCUCUCGCCGGGAGUAGCACUAGCGGCUGCGCAGGCACUGUUCUGCCUUACGACGGACAAUGCUCCUUUCUCGUCUGCCCUGCUCUCCCAGACGAACGCUCUUCCCGUGCUGGUCAACAUCGUCAAGGCCGACCACACUCCAGCCGAGCACAAUGCAAAGGGCAAGGGGCGCGCGAAGAAGGCAAUGGACCAGGAGGACGAUGAAAUCGCGGACGGGCGCGCGCUCCUCACCCGUGUGCUAGUGGCCGGCGCCCUCCGCAACCUCGUCGAGCCUGGGUCGUCGGCCGACGCCCGCGUUGGCAUCGCCCCACUCACCAACGAGGUGAUCCUCCCGUUGAUAAAUGGGUUGCUGGACGUCAACCUCGCCCAGGCUGCGCAGCGGGUCACCGAGCUCGUGGCGGAGAUUCCUAAGAAUGGCCCGGUGCUUGGCAAGGACGUGAAGGUAGACCACAAGUCGCAGGCUGAGAUCAAGCUCGAGCGCAUGGAGCGCAUGCUUAGCACUGUCGGUGUGGGGUUGGAGAUCUUGACGGCGAUCUGCGCGGGACUGGAGGACACCGCCGAGGAGGAGGCAAUGGACGAGGAGGGAGAUGACGACGAGGAUGACUCUAUGGGCGACGAGGACCUGAUUGCCAAAGGCCGUGACCCAGCGGCUAACGGCAAGGCUUCCGCUGUGCCGAGCGUCAACACCGCCGCAACCCUCCCCCACCUCCUGUCAACCCUCUCCCUCCCCACCCGCCUAGUAACCCUGGCACAACUCACACCCCUCUCCCUUCCACCGCACGGCCCCAAUCCUUCCGUGCACCCGCCCACGACUGCCGCUCUCUCGGUCGUGCACCUGCGCGCGCUUGAGGCGCUCAACAACCUCCUCCUUUCGACGUCCGCCGCCGUCAUGGGUGGCGAGCAGCUCGCGCAGCUCCUCCCCGCCGCGCUGUGGGAGGGCGUCUUCGCCAUCGUGCAAGGCACUGGCGAGGACGCGGCCGCCCUCAAGGCCAAGGGGCAGGAGAUGCGUCUCGAGCUCAUGGAGGGCGCGCUGGCUGGUGCGUGGGGUCUGUCCAAGACUAUCCCCGCAUCCGCACCGCAGGGCGCGACGGACAUGAUCACCAAGGCGAUCCCAGUGCUGCGGCCGGAGGCGGCCGCCCGCGCCGUCGACACCCUCGCGUCCCUCGCUGCCAGGCCUGGUGUGCCUGUGGAGGAGAACGCUGCCGUCGCGCAGUGGCUCGUCGCAGCCCUCACGUCCCAGCCGAGCGCCGAGAUGAUGGUCGCUCUCCUCAACGCCAUCAUCGACAUCUAUGCCGACGAGGGGCGCGAGUACGACCAGCCCGUGUUCGUCGCGCACAACAUGGUCGGUGCACUCACCAACAUUGUCGCACGUGUGCGCGCCGACUCGCGCAAGAUCGACAGGAGGAAGAAUCCGAUGCUUCGCGCUCGUGCUGAGGAGGCGUACGAGAACCUCGUCGCGUUCAUCAAGUACCGCCGGAGUCUGUAGUUAUAGUCUAUUCAUGCACAUGGGUCUACAUAGCCGUGA